AAAACCCUCCCACCAUCAUGUCGCUCUCCACACUCAGCCACCCGGCCGCCGCCGCCGCCGGGAGCGGAAAAUCCCUUUUCCCGGCUGGCCCGGCGGCGCAGUCCGUACAUUUCCCCAAGGCACGGCUCCCUGUCCCCGCCGCCGUCUCCGCCGCUACUGCGGCUGUUCACGCGGAGGAUAGGGUUUCGUCGCUGACUCAAGUCUCCGGCGUGCUGGGGUCGCAGUGGGGCGACGAGGGAAAGGGCAAGCUCGUCGACGUGCUCGCCCCCCGCUUCGACAUAGUCGCGCGUUGCCAGGGGGGAGCGAACGCUGGACAUACCAUCUACAACUCAGAAGGCAAGAAGUUUGCUCUGCAUCUUGUUCCAUCUGGUAUUCUCCAUGAAGGGACACUGUGUGUUGUUGGCAAUGGAGCAGUGAUCCAUGUUCCAGGGUUCUUUGGAGAAAUUGAUGGUCUUGAGUCCAAUGGAGUCCGCUGCGAUGGAAGGAUACUGGUAGCCGACCGGGCACAUCUGCUGUUUGAUCUGCACCAGGCUGUGGAUGGACUUAGGGAAGCAGAGCUUGAAAAUUCAUUUAUAGGGACAACUAAGAGAGGCAUUGGUCCUUGUUACUCCAGCAAGGUAACUCGAAAUGGACUGCGGGUUUGUGAUUUACGACACAUGGACACUUUUGGGGAUAAGCUUGACAUCUUAUUCAAAGACGCUGCUUCGAGAUUUCAAGGCUUUCAGUACAGCAAAAGCUUGCUCAAGGAAGAGGUUGAGAGAUACAAGAAGUUUGCUGAUCGCUUGGAGCCCUUCAUUGCUGAUACCGUGCAUGUGCUAAAUGAAUCUAUCAAGCAGAAGAAGAAAAUCCUGGUCGAAGGCGGCCAAGCAACUAUGCUGGAUAUUGAUUUUGGCACUUAUCCAUUUGUGACUUCUUCUAGCCCUUCAGCUGGCGGGAUAUGCACAGGCCUAGGGAUUGCUCCAAGGGCAAUUGGCGACCUGAUUGGAGUGGUCAAAGCUUACACAUCUAGAGUCGGCUCUGGCCCUUUCCCAACUGAACUAUUUGGAGAGGAAGGUGAUCGCCUUAGGAAAGCUGGAAUGGAAUUUGGCACAACAACAGGUCGCCCAAGGCGUUGCGGCUGGCUUGACAUUGUUGCGCUUAAGCACAGCUGCCAAAUCAAUGGGUUCUCAUCACUUAAUCUGACCAAACUGGAUGUUCUGUCCGGGUUGUCAGAAAUUAAGGUGGGUGUUUCUUAUACCCAGACUGAUGGACAGAAGCUGCAAUCCUUCCCUGGGGAUCUUGAUACCCUUGAGCAAGUACAGGUCAACUAUGAGGUUCUGCCUGGGUGGCAAAGUGACAUUUCUUCUGUUCGAAGAUACGAUGAACUUCCCCAAGCUGCCCGCCUUUAUGUGGAGAGGAUAGAAGAACUUGUUGGUGUUCCCGUGCACUACAUUGGUGUUGGACCUGGCAGAGAUGCUCUCAUAUACAAGUAAAAGCAACUUUAUUUGGUCCUUGGUUGGGCGGAAACCAGGCUGGGACUCGGGAGCAUUUGCAUUUUCUUGGCGUGGUAACUUUUGAUACGGUGAAGUCACUGACUCGUGGAGUGAUGUUGCUCAAUAAUCAUUAAUCAGAACCUUGUCCUAAUACAGCCGCUGAGACAUCAGCUAAGGCGAAUAAGGGAAGGAUGAGUCAUUUGCACCAUGUUUGACCACCAAUUGUUAGGUGGUCCAUAUAUUUUGUACUUAUUGUGAGACUUUGUGCUAUGGAUCUCAACUGUAUACCUUGCUGGUGCAUGGCUUUGGGUUUACAUGGUUGAAAAUGAGAUUGGUGUACUAAUUGUCUA